AUGAUCGAUAAUAAUUUAGUUGUACUUAAUCGUCAACCAACAUUACAUAAAAUGUUAAUGAUGGCACAUCGUGUUACAAUUCUUCCAUGGUCAACAUUUUGUUUAAAUUUAUCUGUAACAACACCCUAUGAUGCUAAUUUUGAUGGUGAUGAGAUGAAUUUACAUUUACCACAAUCAAUUAAAGCUAAAGUUGAAUUAUCUGAAUUAAUGAUGGUACCACGUUUAAUAAUAACACCACAAUCAAAUCGACCUGUUAUGGGUAUUGUAGAAGAUACAUUAACAGCGGUUCAAAAAAUGACUAAACGUGAUGUAUUUAUUGAAAAAACAGCUAUAUUAAAACCCAAACCAUUAUGGACUGGUAAACAAUUAUUUUCAUUAAUUCUUCCACAAGAAGUUAAUUGUAUACGGACACAUAGUCAACAUCCAGAUGAUGAAGAUAACGGACCAUAUACAUGGAUAUCACCUGGUGAUACAAAAGUUUUAAUUGAAAAUGGUCGAUUAUUAUCUGCACAUAUUGUUUUUAUGGAAUGUGGUCAUCAUAUUGCUGGACAAUUAUAUUAUCAUAUACAACUUGUUGUUAAUAAUUGGUUAAUGUUAGAAGGACAUUCAUUUGGUAUUGCUGAUACAAUUACUGAUCAACAAACAUAUGAAACAAUACAAGCAACAAUUAAAAAAGCUAAAAAUGAAGUUAAUAAAGUUAUUCAAAGAACACAUAGAGAUUCAUUAGAACUAUCACGUGGAAAUUCAUUAAGACAAACAUUUGAAAAUAUGGUUAAUGGUCUUUUAAAUAGUGCAAGUGAUAAGACUGGUUUAUUAGCAAAACGAUCAUUAUCUGAUUUUAAUCAAUUUAAAGCAAUGGUUGUUAGUGGUGCAAAAGGUUCUUCUAUAAAUAUAUCACAAGUUAUUGGUUGUGUUGGACAACAAAAUGUUGAAGGAAAACGUAUUCCAUUUGGUUUUAAACAUCGUACAUUACCACAUUUUAUUAAAGAUGAUUAUGGACCUGAAGCUAAAGGUUUUAUUGAAAAUUCUUAUUUACAAGGUUUAACACCAGUUGAAUUUUAUUUUCAUGCUAUGGCUGGACGAGAAGGUCUUAUUGAUACAGUUGUUAAAAUAGUUGAAACAGGUUAUAUACAAGAACGUUUAAUUAAAGCCAUGGAAUCUGUUAUGAUUAAAUAUGAUGGAACUGUUAGAAAUCAAUUUGAACAAUUAAUACAAUUUACAUAUGGUGAAGAUGGUUUAGCUGGUGAAAAUGUUGAAUUUCAAUCAAUUAUAUCUUUAAAACCAUCAAAUCAAUUAUUUGAACGUUUAUGUAAAUUUGAUUUAUCAUCUGAAGAAAAAUAUUUAAGAAAAUUUUUAACUGAUGAUGUUAUUAGAGAUUUAUAUACAAAUGAAUCAUUACAAUUAUUAGAUGAUGAAUGGAAACAAUUAAAUGAAGAUAUUUUUAAUUUAAGACAAAUAUUUCCAACGGUGAUACAUCAAAAAUUUUUUUACCUUGUAAUUUAG